GCCUCGGGGCUGAGGGCAGCCCGGCCCCCGCAGUGCCCGCUGCUGCCGCCCCAGCAGAGCCGGGCGAGGACCGUAGCUGGUGAACAGGCAAUAAACACAUUCCAGCCCACAGAAUAGAGUUCUCACACCACAGGGUUUACGCUGCUGCCACACUGAAGUUGUGCUGGGAUCCAGUUACUCCUCUCGGAUGUUGUUUAUGCCCACAGCUGGAUAGAGUGCAAAGAUCUUGGAAGAUGGAUCCUGAAAUACAGAAAAUGAGGGAAGUUGUCCUUGUCUACCUUGACAGAAGUGGUGGCCUUCAGAAAUUUGUGCAUGAUUGCAAAAAAUAUAAUGACUCAAAACAAAGUUAUGCUGUUUAUCGUUUCAUAAUUUCAAUUAAUCCUUCUGACAUUGCUGAACUGGAUGCAACUCUUGGAAACUAUAUUCUUCAUAAUCCCCUACAAGCUGCACAGAUUUUUCAGUCAGUGUGCUUUGUAGCUAUUAAGACAUUAUCAUUAAUUGAACAAUUGCAGACAGAAGCCCAGAUCAGUAUAUUGCUGAAACCAACACAUUUGCCACCUUUACCAAGUUAUGUUCUGAGUCUUUCUACAUAUCCCUUUAAUUACACAUCUCAGAGAUUUUAUAUGUCUGAAGGGAUAGUGAUUGCAAUGGGAACUGUAACAAAAUACACACAAGGAGCAAGAUUUCUUUGUACUGAGGAAACCUGUCCGUUCUCUGAAGGGUUUAGGUGCAUCAGAGUGCAUUGUCCUGGAGCUACAGAAUCUGCCACAGUGAGGACUGAUUUUGUGUGCAGCUUGUGUUCUUCACCACUGCAGGAAGACAUGAAAUUUAGAGUACUUGGUGAUAAACAAAUAGUUGAAAUGAUUGAUGCUAAAAUUCUGAAUGCUUUGAAAGGAUAUUCCAUUGAUAACUCCCAUUUUAGGAUUCAGGCAUUUACAUUGUUCUUGAGAGAUGAACUGGCUAAUAAAAUGACAAUAGGAAACCACUACAGGAUUAUAGGAAUUCCAGCUUGUGUACAAAAUGGUCUACAGGCAACUGCAUGUAUAGAAGUCAAUAGUGUACAGAUCUAUAAACCAAAUGGUCGUUCUUCUGUCAGUGACAAUUUUAAGUAUCUGCUCUCACUGACUUCAAGUUCAUGCUGGAAGUUUACUGCCGUCCUGGCCAACAUCUUUGCUUCUCAAGUUGUUCCACCAGGCACUUACAAUACUCUUAAACUUGCAAUAUUGCUGAGUCUAGUACAGACAUCUGAAAAAGAAAAUGCAGAUUAUCUCGAUCUCUUGAUUAUGACAAGUGACACAGUAGUAAUUGACAGGCUUCUGAAUUACAGCUUAUGUCUUCUGCCUCGUGGCAUACGGCACCCACCUUCCAGUGACAUUUUUCCUUCUGUGUCCAAAGAUAAACAUGGAACUGGGAGUGCCAGCAUUCAAGCUUGCAGUGCUGUGCUGGCCAAGGGUGGCAUCUGUUACAUAGGAGACCUAAGUUCAUAUAAAAAGGAUAAACUUGAACUUCUACAGUCUGUGCUAGAGAGCAGAACAACAACAGUAUUUAUUCCUGGGAAGAAGUAUGGAGAAGAGGCUGACCAACAAGUUACUGUUUCAAUUCAGACCAACUUUUGGUCCUUUGUAGAUGUGGACUCUUCCUCAAAGAAACAUAUACAAAAGGAGAACUUUCUAAUUGGACAGAUGGAUGUGAGCUUGAUUCCAGUUAACCUUGUAGAUGGUUUUGGACUCUUGAUCUACAAUGAGUUUCCUUCCUGUCGCCUGUCUUCUCCUGUUGUACAUCAUAUCUUGAAAAAAGCCAUUAAUCCUGAAGCCAUGCUGUACAAAGUCUCACAGCAGUUCAGAACACAGGAUUAUGAGGAGUUUAUUUUGUUUGCUAGGAAUCUUCAUGUUGUACUGAGUUCAGAAGCAGAAAGUCUCAUUCAGGGCUAUUAUCUUGCAAGUCGCAGGGUGAGAAGAGAUUCCAUUCAUGGAUCAACAUUAUCAGCCUCUGCACUAAAAAUUCUGAUUUCACUGGCUAAGGCUCAUGCCAAGCUCAGUUUAAGACAGACAGUAUUUGAGGAAGAUGCAGUGAUUGCCAUCUUGUUACUUGAGUCAUCGCUGACCCUAAAACAUGGCACAUCUGCAUUAUGUGUAGCACCAAAUCCUGUAUUUCCAUUUGACCUCAGUGAUGAAAACUCCCUGCAACAGAGAGAUAUUUACCUCAUGCAGUGUCACCAUCAACUGCUGAAGUUUAUUAAUGCCUAUAGCCCAGGAAUUCACAUUAACAGUCAUGAAGAGUAAAAACUCCACUCUAAGUAAAGCCUGAGGCUUUGGCUUUUUGAGAGGCUAUAGUUCAAAAUACAAAAUUACUAAAAACUUAGAAGACAGUUCAGUGAUGUUUUACCAAGGAAUAAAGCAUAGCUAACCGGACUUGAAUUACAAGUUUUGUGAGUUAUUUGAAGGCGGGAGGGAUGUCUUCAUCUUGGAAAGCCAUGGCUAUACAUGGCUAACCAGAACUUCUCUUCCUGGCUACUACUCUCCAUUCACUGUUAAGCAAGGAGUAAUUUAGGAUUCAGGGUUUUUAAUAAAACUACAACUAAAAAUUAAACCAUCAGUUCAGAAUCCAAUAUUUUAUUUCAGCUACCUGAAUUCUGCAGUUUUUCUUGUUGCUUCCUUUGAAAUGUAUCACCCAAAGGGUUAAGGAGUUUAAAGAACAUUAAAACUCUUCUUUUCAUAGUUUAAGUCAGCAGUCUGUACUUACUCAUGGUGUAUAGAUUUUGAAAUGUAUAAAAGUAUUAUCAUACUGCUUCAUGCUCUGUGUCUUUUUUUUUUAUAUUAUAGCAACAUAAGAUUAGACAAGAUACUUCUGCAACCAAAACCCAAACAAAACAAAAAAGCCUGCAAAACAAACAAACCACAAAAGAAACCUAUCAAACCACCCCAACCUGCAAAGCCCAGUGCUUCCACAUUAUUUUAUACAGACUGCAGGUGCUAGUAGAACACUACAGUUGGGUAAAAAAAAUUAGACAACCUGGUAGAGAAGGUAGCUCAGUAAGUUCAACUCUACCUCACUGUAAAAACAAAUGAAGGAUGUUUGGUAGGAGAUUAGGUGUUUGGAGCACAGCAUGCUUCCCCAGCUAUGGGAUUUCCUGUGCUUCAUCUUCCUACUAAGGAUACA